CAAAAGUAAAGCGCGCGGCAGACGGUCUUCGCGCGUCGAGCUCACCGGUCGCUCUCUCACGGUAACGCCUCUGUCGUUGUACCAGUCGACAUAUCGCGGACGAGGAACGACUGUACGGCAGCUCCGGAAGAUUCGGAUCGACUUUCGAUCACACGAUCGCGCGUCCCCGCGACUCGCGUCCGCGUCGUUAAAAUCAGAUUCUCAGCGCCGUUCCGAUUCGGCGAUUCUGCGAGUUAUUUGUGUUUCAUCACCGCAUCGCGGUUUGCGAAACAACCUGAAGUUCGUCGACUUGGAGGAAUUUGUUUCGCGGCAGUGUUUUCUUUUGUCUGUGAUGUGCACGAGAGCUACGAGCGGCAGCGGCAUCAGGAUGACGACGAUCACCGUAUGGGCCUGUGUCAUCGCCGUGCUGUGUUCAUCGAUUGUUGAAGCAAAAUCGAAUAUGUUCAUAAACAUCGAGCCAAGAGAACAGACGGCCGUGCGAGUUGGAGAAACUCUACAAAUUCUCUGCACCGCUCAACGAGAACAACUUCGUGUUUGCCGUGUAGAAAUACCUGGCGAGGGUAGCAUUGUGCUAACCGGGUCAGAUCCCCCAUCGGAAGAUGGCAACAUCGAAUAUUAUGGAAAUGGAUUAAAUAGUGGCGAAUGCGGCGUCCGUAUCGCUAAAGUGAAAGAAAGUUAUCAUGGUACCUUCAAAUGUUCCUUGACGACCAAGAACGCUCGGCAAGAAGCAACUGCUUCUCUCAAUAUCGUCGUCGCGAAACCACCCGAAACUGUUGAGAUUUACACGAAUUCGGGGAGUCUUGGCGGAAACAGAUUUAGAAAAGGCGAAAAAUUGGAAAUUAGCUGCAAUGCUAAAUCUGGACGACCAGCAGCGAAUUUGACUCUAUUUCUCGAUGAGGAGCCGAUUGGCGAAGAAAAACCAAGCUCUUACGAUACGAAUACGAACACCGUAGCAAUGCAGAACGCUUCGCGCAGUUUAGAUUGGACAGAUAACGGCAGAACGAUAAGAUGCAUAGCCAAUCACAUUGCUCUCGAUAGGCCCAUAGAACAAACUAAGCCUCUCGAAGUAUACUAUCCACCUCAAUCACAGCCGACUGUUGAACGUUUCGGAUACGUAAUUGGCAGACGAGGGAUCAUCAAUGUUACCGUUCAUGCGCAUCCUAGGCCGCGAUUUACAUGGCGAGUGAACAACGAAAGAAUUGAAGAAGGUCGUCCCGACGAGAGUAAUCGACUGGAAACUUCAACCGCCGUCGAUUUGGGGAAUGGAGCAUGGAGCGUAAUUCUGAUGAUCGACAGCGUUCAGAAAUCCGACACGGAAAAGGAAUAUAUGUUGAUGGCGACCAACAAUGAGGGAUCGAAUGAAUAUCGUAUCAUUUUGUCGACAUCCCCAGAACCGGCGGGACCGCUCAGUAACCUCUAUGGCGUUGAUUUGGACGCUGGAUCCAUCAUUGGUAUCGUCGUGGGCGUUCUGAUGCUCUUACUCGUUAUUUUCCUUGUAAUCUUUGCACGCGCGACUGGCCGCUGGUGUUUCGCAGGUCGUUCGACUACGAGAAAUCUCGGGGAGUCAGACUUCGCGGACCCAACGACGGGCGUUAGUCUUCUUCAGCUCGGCAAAUCGAAAACUACGGCCGAUGUCGUUAGAAAAAGAAGUGACACAGAGAGCGCCGGCAGAUAUUCCCGAUCAGAAGUGGACGGAGCGUCGUCCCGAGGACAACGGAAACCGAGGAUCAAUCUCUCCCGAUUCUUUGGAAGGAACAAAGAUAAAGUGUCUGGCACCGAUACAGAUACCAUGAAAACUGUCGUUACCGUCGACGACGAGAAGCUUCAGACCGUUGAGCCGACCGUACAGGAAGGCAGAACGAAUCCUUCGACAGGCGAAGGUGGCAUAGUAUACGCAGAAUUGGAUCUUACGCAACAGCAACAAGGUGUGACACCUCGCCGAAUUAAUGAGGACAAAACAGAAUAUGCUGAAAUCUUGUAUACGAAACCGGAAACCGAAGAAACAGCGGAUAAAUAACUGCAUCUCCACGAAAGCAAUUAAGACGAUCGUGUGUUCUCUCCAUGGUGAAAAUAAUAAGGUUCCACCAUGGUUCCCCCUUUCAUGUUUUAAGAUGACUUCAAAUUUUUAAAAAAUUGAUGUUUCGAUAGAGAAAGCGAAAAUAAAAUAGAUAGACGAUUUGAAACGCAAGAUAUAUUUCAAGGUAUUAUUCGUUAUUGAUUUUUUUAUUGUAAUUAUCACGAUCGUUAUUUACACAUUCACAUAUAUGAAAAUGGACACGGUCGGCGUUCCUCGUUAAUCAAACCCUCACGAUUACAUAUUUCCGUACGUGUGAUAAUUUAUUGUACGGUGAAUAACUUUAUGACAUCGGUUUAUUAUUCGACAUUGCGUCUAUAUGCAACUGGUCAUUAUCGAAUUCGGGAGCAAGCUCUUUACUAACUGGAACGACCGGAAAUCAUAAUAAUGUUGCUCCGUGCAAUUAUUAUAUAUAAAUUUAUAACAUGUCACAAAAAAUAUAUGCAAAUAUGCAAACGACAUUAUUCAUUGCUAUGUCAUUCUUUCGUAAUUUGCAUUUGUAUUUCUAUUGAUGAAAAUCUUAUGGAAGGUAUGAUCUUAGCCGUCCAAUCA